AUGCGCGCGGCCGCUUCCCGGCACCUGUGGGAGCCGCGGCCCGGCCUCUCCGAGCACCUGCGAGCGCGAGCUGCUCCUCCGACCCGCAGCGGGGCGUGGGCGGCAGAGGGGGCCGUGGACAGGCCUCUCCGCCUCUCCAGGCCGCGCGGAGCCAGCGCUCCAGCUCCAGGCUGCGAGGGGCGCGCGCAGCGCGCGGGGAGGGGGGCGGGCGCGUGCACACGGGGCGUUCUCGGGCGCGCGCCCCCUGGCCGGGUCUGCGGAGGGGCUGCGGGUUCCCCCGGGCUUCCCUGCCCCGCGCCUGCCCGCCGGGCGCUUCUCCCCCUCCAGGACCGCGGCCCACGCCUCCACCCGAGCCCGAGCCCGCGUCCACGCGCGGGGGCCGCUUCCUGCGAGGAGGAGGGGACAGGUGUCCGCGGGCGCAAACAGCGGAGUUUCGUGCGCGUAUUUUUUGGUAAAAGUAGAGGCGAUGCGUUGUUGACAUAUUUAGUGGUUAAAAACCUAUUGCCAAAUUCUCAACAGAUUCCAGAAUUUUUUAAAGUUCACAACACAAGAGUGGACGAAAUGUCGGAGGUUUUCCUCAUAUCCAGAAAUGUGGCCUCUGCCUCCCACUCGGGCCCUGCGGUGCAGACGGGUUCAGGGCGGCGAGGACUGAGCCAGGAGCGCCGAGAGUUCCAGCUGCUCCCAGGCUGGGUUCUAAUUAACGCUGGACCCCUGCUGUCUUUGCCAGUUCCAUGCUGUAUACACAUAAUGAGCCGUUACGACUCCAGCACCAAAGCUAACGCCCCGGGAACAUCUUUAAAACCUUUUUCACUCAGUUGCCAAGAAGAGUAGUACCUGCUGUCAGUACUUGAAUUACAGGAGGCUGAAACUCAGCGAGCUACUGGGAUUUUUUGAAAAUUGAAAACUUCUGUUAACUAUAGCAGAAACAGACCUUUUUGGUGGGGGCUAAAAUAAUUCCCAUGCUGCUCCGUUUUUAUUUUGUUCCGUUUACUCCAAAAAUGUUCCAAACUCUACUGUGAUCUUCUUAGUGCAUCUCUACCUCCUUUUGGCUGCAGAAUAAUACUUCUUUUUCUCUCUUUUUUUUUUUUUUUUUUUUAGAGAUGGAGUCUCACUCUGUCGCCCAGGCUGGAAUGCAGUGGUGCAAUCUCGGCUCACUGCGAUCUCUGCGUCCUGGGUUCAAACAAUUCUCCUGCCUCAGCCUCCCAAGUAGCUGUGACUUACAGGCGUGCACCACCACACCCAGCUAAAUUUUGUAUUUUUAGUAGAGACAGGGUUUCACUGUACAUUGGCCGGGCUGAUCUCGAUCUCCUGACCUCAAGUGAUCCACCUGUCUUGGCCUCCCAAAGUGCUGGGAUUACAGGCAUGAGCCACCGCGCCUGGCCUAACUACCCCCAUUCUUUUCCAGAGAAACGUGAGCAGGCCAAACAAAGCCUCACCUGGCUAUCCCGCCACCCUGGGGUUGGGCCUGCAAAGGCCCGGGAGGUCACCUAAGACACGGUGUUCUGAACAUGCAAGCCCCACAGCAUCUUGUCUACCAUCGUGCCAGCGUCCAGAGACCUGGGAAUAGGUCAUACCCCCCACUGCAUUUUACAAGCUUGGCAUACAUUAGGUUCUCAAUAAAUACUGAAUUAAUGAAAAAAAUUGCUGAAGUAACUUAAAACAUCCAUCCAAACCCCACACCAUCUAGUAGAUAAGUAGUCUGUGGGGAGUCCCAUAUUUUUCUUACUUUAGAUAUUUAUUUUGGAAAUGGACUGUAAGCCCAACAUGGUCAAUGAAACUUGCAGAGGAACAUUUCAUGCCUUUAAUUAGUUCUUCGUAACUACAGGGACCUCUGGAGUUCCUGAAAUUGAGCUGGGUUGUAAUACUGUCAAGAAGAAGGAGGACCUAUCUUAAAUCUAUUUCAAGGGUAAUACUAUUUUACUAUGUAAAUUUUCCCCUGGUCAGGGACAGCCUGAUCCUGCAUGGUAGACUCGAAGCAUGCAAAUAUUUCAACAUGCAAAACCGCCCUAAAAAUAUAAGCGAAGCUUAUGGAGUUGUCCAGGGUACAGUGGUUUACUGGCCCCUGAAUGCGGGACUCCAUCAAACUGGGUUCCAGGCUGGGAGGUCUCUGAACCCAAUUUGUAGACAGCCCGCUUUGGAGUUCAACCGAUGGGACCUUAGACACCAGCCUCACCCUCUGCAAGUCUUGUGAUUUGGAGCCAGAUACUUGGCCUCUCUGUGCUCCAGGGAGACACCAUUGCACCUACCUGAGAGGACUGAAGGAGACGAUCCGUGCAACUCACUCAGGAUACUGGAUCUUAAGCCAACGGGUGGACUUACAUUCGUCACCUCUGAUUCUGUCGCCUCCUGCGCGGUGACUUAGCAAACACUUCUUACUCUCCAGCUCUGCUUCUUACUCUCCAGCUCUGCUGCCCUGUUCCAGUGCUGACACCAGACAACAGAUAAUUUCCCAAAUGCUUGUAUUAGCCCUUAGGAGUUCAUGUGUUCCUCCCCCAACCAAUAAAGCUGUUAAAUCCCAAUAACUGUCAGGAAUGGAGCCAAUUGCUAUAAAGUACUUCCAGCUUCUUGGCAUGAAAAAAUAAUUAGAAUAUAUGUGUUGGCUUUGAAACAACACUCACUGGUUCAGUAAAAAAUUCUCUGCAUAUUGUGCAAAAGUCGUCUUGGCCUUGGCACUCCCUUAGGUGAACCUUACCCGGCCCUGGCACUCCCUUAGAUGAACCUUACCCGGCCCUGGCACUCCCUUAGGUGAACCUUACCCGGCCCUGGCACUCCCUUAGGUGAACCUUACCUACCUCAGUGCUCCCUC